AUGACCACACCCACCCAAUCUCGAGGCCACGCCGGCCACUCCCACGGCCUCGGCCAUCACCACCAUCACCACGACAAUGUCUACCUGACCUCGCGAAACAAGGCCGACGCCGGUGUGCGCAUCACCCGGAUCGGCCUCUACUCCAAUCUGGGCAUGGCCAUCGCAAAAGGGCUGGGCGGCUACGCCUUCAACUCGCAAUCCAUGGUUGCCGACGCCUGGCACAGCUUGACCGAUCUCGCCUCGGACAUUUUGACGCUCGCGACCGUGUCGUGGAGCUUGCGCCCGCCAACCGAAAACUUCCCCCUCGGCUUCGGCAAGGUCGAGAGCUUGGGGUCGCUGGGCGUGUCGAGCAUGCUCCUGUUUGGUGGCCUCUUCAUGUGCAUGAACAGCUGCACCUCUCUCUAUGCGCACUUCUUCCUCGACCCGGCCGCUGCGGCGCAACUGCUGGAACACGCACACGGCCACGGCCAUGGACACCAUCACCACCAUGGUGUGAGCGCCGAAGGCCCUAGUUUGCAUGCUGCUUGGUUGGCAGCCGGUACGGUGGCCGUCAAGGAAUGGCUUUACCAUGCUACAAUGAAAGUAGCCCGUGAACGUAAAUCCUCCGUCCUAGCCUCCAACGCGGUACACCACCGUGUCGACUCCCUUACCGGUAUCGUCACCCUCGCCGCCAUUCUCGGUGCCAACUUCCUUCACAACGCCUCCUGGCUCGACCCCGUCGGUGGCCUUCUCAUCUCCCUCCUCGUCAUCAAAGCCGGCUAUUCCAACACGGUUUCUGCCCUCUACGAGCUUGCCGACCGCUCCGUCGACGACGAAGUCAAACAUUCAGUCCGCAAACAAUGUCUCAGGGCCCUUCAGGGGGUAUCCGAGGGCCACGAGGUGGAAGUCGUCGAGAUCACGGGUGUUAAGAGCGGUCAGAAUUAUUUACUGGAUAUUGAGCUGGCGGUACCCAACAUGUGGACUGUGGAGGACGUGCGGGAGGUGGAAGAUGCGGUGAGGACGCAGGUGGGCGCCAAGGUGAGGGGUGCGAGGAAGGUCAGGAUACGGUUCGUACCUAAGGAGGAUGGGGCGGCCAAGAUCAAGAAGUUUGAUGAGUUUAUUCCGGGGGAUGUUAGUCCCAAGACUAGUCCGGAGCCGGAGGAGGAGGAGGUUGUUGUUGGUGAGGGAGAGGAACAUGGGCAUGAUCAUGACCAUGAGCAUCAUAAGCAUAAGUAA